UCUGCUAGCAAACAGAGGGACUGUGUGAAGAUGUGGCGAUUAAUGUGUGUCACUUUGACCCUGCUCAUGUGUGCCAAAGGUUCACUUUCUCAGCUGAAUGUUUGUGGACAGGCUCCUCUAAACACUCGUAUUGUUGGUGGCGUGGACGCACCUGAUGGGUCGUGGCCGUGGCAGGUCAGUCUGCACAGCACUCUCUAUGGAGGUCAUUUUUGCGGAGGCUCCCUCAUCAACAAUGAAUGGGUGCUGACAGCAGCUCACUGCUUACCUGGUGUCAGUGCAUCCAGUCUGCGUGUGUAUUUGGGAAGGAGGACACAGGAGGGAGUCAAUACCCAUGAAAUCAGUAGAAAUGUGAGAACCAUAAUCGUUCACCCCUCUUAUGACAGCAACACAAACAACAAUGACAUCGCUCUGCUCCGGCUGUCCUCCACAGUCACCUUUAAUGAUUAUAUUAGACCCGUGUGUCUGGCGGCCCAGAGCAGCGUCUUCAUUUCUGGCACCAGCAGCUGGAUCACAGGCUGGGGAAAUGUUCAAGCUGGAGAGAGUUUACCUUCUCCUGGGAUCCUGCAGGAGACUAUGGUUCCAGUGGUGGCUAAUGAUCGAUGUAAUACUCUUCUGGGUUCUGGAUCUGUUACCAGCAACAUGAUGUGUGCUGGUUUGACACAGGGAGGCAAAGACACCUGCCAGGGGGAUUCUGGAGGUCCAAUGGUGAGCAGGCAGUGCACAGUGUGGGUUCAGUCUGGCAUCACCAGCUGGGGUUAUGGCUGUGCUGAUCCCAACGCACCUGGUGUUUACACCCGUGUGUCUCGAUAUCAGAGUUGGAUCACCAACAGAAUUGGUCAGAACCUGCCAGGAUUUGUCACCUUCAACCCCCCGACUUCAUGCUCCUCUGCCAGCCUAACCUCAACCUCCUGUAGGGGGAGAUGCAAUGAGAAGUACAACAGUCGCUUUCGCUGCAACUGUAAUACUAACUGCAGUAUAAACUGCUGCAGAGAUUACAGACAGCGUUGUGCCAUGUGAGGUAUGUCAUAUUCCAUGGAUUAUAUGAAAACAGGCUUAAUCACAUCACUUGCACAUAAGUCAGAUGAUCUUUACCUGCUUGUUCGGAGAUUCUACUUCAUAUGCAUUGCACAGUCAGAAACAAGCACCAAUGCAAACACAGUCAAAGAACUGCUGCACUGACUUCACUCAGGGGUGUAAAUAUUAUGUUCAACUUUUGUUAACAAAGCACUUAGCUCAGUCCAUUAGUAGAAUCCUUUUGUUUUUCUUUUUCUAAAUCAGCAUGUUACCAACCAGAUUAAAUGUGGGCCCAGGCAACUUUUGUUUUCACUUAGCAUUUGCACAUUUCUUUAAAAAAAUUUGCAUAGGCUAUAUCAUAAUUACUUGAAAUUUUAAACUGAUUUCUUUCUUUGUGACCACCAUACAUUUACAUUUACACAUUAAGCAGAUGCUUUUAUCCAAAGCGACUUACACAUGAGGAACAAAGCAACAAUCCAACAAUCGUUGUAUAGUACACAAUGUCAGAUUUAUUAGACAACUAGAUUAGGAAACCAGCUAGAGAACAGAAGUAGUACAGAGAUUUUGUGUGUGUGUGUGUGUGUGUGUGUGUGUGUGCACAGGCGUAAUAGUGUGGGGUGAUUAAGUGCUUACGGAAGUGGUGUGUCAUUUCUGAUGACGAAUAAGUGGUGAUUUCUUUAAGUUUAACUUUAUUUUUAUUUCACACAAUUUUUGACUAUAUGUAGUGCUUGUAUCAGGGUGUCUACAGACAUGAACUUUAUAUGUGAAAUUAAA